AUGCCUUGUAUUGUGUGGAGGUCCGAGGAGGAGCUUCGGAAGUACUUUCGUGACCAGCUUUCCACGGCCGGCCCUGAAGCUGAAGAGAAUGGUAACGCUGCGAACACCCCACAUUUGCAUGGUGGCGGCAGCAAUGGCGCCACUGUCAAUGGCGAAGCGCAACUGCCGGCCGCGCGUCAAGCUGUAAUGCAACCGUCUUGCGGCACAGUCGCGAUGUCGCCCACGGCGGCGCGGGUGGCAGCAGCGGCUUCCGAGGGGGGCCCUACAGGUCCCUCGACUGGCAAGGCCGCAGCGGCCUGUCUCAGGCCCGAUGUUUUGUCGCGGAUGCGGAUCCUAGCCUUCCACUCCGCGGGAAAUGCCGAGGACAUGUGGACGUCGGAGGGCACUGGGGUGCGCAGGAGUCCAAGCCCGCUGUUGGAGUGGUGUCGGAGCAGCGACGUGGAGAUGCUGGCAGUGCAAAUGCCGGGGAGGGGCAGCCGGGCCCGAGAACCGUUCAUCACUACCGCGCAGGCAGCUGCCAGGGAGCUACUUCCCGUGGUGCAACCCCUCCUGGAGUCCGGAGUGCCGUACGCCGUCCUGUCGCAUUCAUUUGGCACGUGGAUUUGCUUCGAGCUGCUGCGCGCUGUACGGCGCGCGGGCCUGCCGCUGCCGCGAAUCUGGUGCCUGUCAGCCAUGCCGUACCCAGACGUGCCGUACAGUCUGAGGCCGUGGCGGCAGCAACGGGCAUUGGGCGACGCGGAUUUUCAGGAGGAAGUUCGCGGCUGGGAUGUGAAUGAGGUGGUUUUCACUCCGGACAUGUGGCAGCUGUACGAGCCCAUCCUCCGAGCGGACUGCACCGUAUUCGACGAGUACGAGCUACAGCCCGAUGAUCCGUACAAGUACGACGCACGGCAGGCAGCAGAUGCCGACAGUGUCGCGGGUCUUGCCCCCCUGGAGCCGUUCGACUUCCCCAUCGAGGCCUUCUGGGGCAACACCGAUAGGCGCGUCCGCUCGGAGCUUGUAGCCCCCUGGGCCCGAUACACACGCGCCGGAUUCCGACUGACCGAGGUUGCAGGCAAUCACCUGUGGCCGAUCAACAACCGGGAGGCCAAGACUGCGUGGCUGAACCAGGUGGUGCAAGCGAUGAAUCAAGCUGUGCUGCUGACGAAGAAGUGA